AUGUCCAACGGUCAGAACCCCAUUAGGGCUGGGUUGAUUCAACAAUGUCCAAUGGUCAGAACCCCAUUAGAGCUGAGUAGGCUCAGUGAUAUUCCACAGUACACACAGCAUAGUGACAAUAACAACCGUAUUAUCUGCAACUUAUCUGACUUGUCUGAGCCCAAUUCUCCCUCACUGAAAAGACAACCUUUCGACAUGGACAACCACAGCCAGGCCACUCCGCCAACCACAGCGGUGUCGGUCACCGAGAUAGUGCACUACAACGAGCUGGUGCUGGAGAUGAACUUUUUCCUCAACACCAUCAUCAUCCACAUCGUCUGCCUCUUCGGCGUGCUGGGCAACACCUUCACCUUGGUCGUCCUGACCCAGCACGGGUUCAAGGACGCGACCAACAUCCUGCUGCUGUCGCUGGCGGCCUCCGACCUGGUGUUCUCUGUCACCACCAGCAUGUCGUACAUGUACAACAUCGUCAAAAUCUUCGACAUGGAUUUCGCCAGCAGCAUGUACGCCGUGUACGUCACACACAUCCUCCCCGUGCACGGGCUCAGCAGUGUCGCCAGCUUCAUCUCCGUGGCCGUUAUCUCUGUGGAGCGGUUCAUCGCCGUCUGGUUUCCUUUUCACUCCACGCGAAUCGUCACGCCUAAACGGAUGAAAAUCGUCGUCGUUUCUGUUUACGUCUACUUAACAAUUCUCAUCUUACCCGAUAUUUUCUGCUACCAGUUUGGGUGGUAUUUUCACCCGCUUCAAAACAGAACAUUCGCACAGGUGUAUAAGACCAAAUUCUACGAAGAAAACGAAGACGUCUUAGAAUUUUAUUUCUGGAUGUUCAGGAACAAUUUCACGUCAACUCUACCUUUAGCCAUCGUCAUCGUAUGCACGACGAUGAUCGUCGCCAAACUCAUUUCAUCGUCCAAAAAACGAAAACUCAUGACGUCACAUCACGUCACCGCGAACAAGGUCAAGGAUAAACGUGUGGUCAAGAUGCUGAUGGUGGUGUCGCUGACCUACAUCGCCAUUUUGUUGCCCACGACCAUCAUGGAUUUGUACAUGGCUAUAGCCGACCCCGCCCGUAUCGUCAUCAACGUGCUAGUGUUUAUACAGAACUUGCUGUAUCAGAUCAACGCGUCGGUCAACUUUGUCAUUUACGUCACUACGAGCUCCAAGUUUUAUCAGACGUACAAGAACAUAUUUUUACAUUGCUCGUGUUGUAAGUAA